AUGACAAACUUAGAAAACAUCUGUGGCAAGUUUAACUCCUCAAUAGAGAAUAUGAAACUUAUAGUUUGCAAUGAACUUCAAAGUAUAGAUACAACAAAAGUUUUGAACUCAGAUGCUUUGAAGAGUCUUAUAACAGACAAAGUUGGAGUUGUUGAAAGAAAAUAUAAAGACCAAAGAGUUUGUGAAAAUGUUGCAAACUUCAUUAUGGUUUCAAACAAUGCUGUUCCGAUGCAGUUAGAAAGUUCUGACAGAAGAUAUGUAGUUGUCAGAACGUCAGAAGCUCAUAUGCAAGAUACAGAAUAUUUUGACGACUUAGCAGAAACUUUGACAUCUGACUUUUACAACCACUUGUUCUCAUAUUUCAUGACAUUAGAUAUUUCUAAGUUCAAUCCAAGACAAAUUCCACAUACCGAAGAGAGACAAACAUUGUUAGAAGCAAACAAGAGUGUAUAUGAACUGUUCAUAGAUGAAACUGACUUUGAGUGUUUAGAUGAAAGGUCAUUGUACGAUUCGUAUAAACAAUAUUGUCAAGAAUAUGGUUAUAUGACAGCGUCUAAACGAACAUUCUUGGCAAAUGUCAAAAGUCUUUUAGACGUACAGAAUGGUGUAUAUACAAAGAAAAA